CCCUUACGGGUAGUCAUCCUUUGAAAUUCACUCGAUGGCUUUAAUGAAUUCCCAUGAUUUCUCAAGGAUGGAACCUGAUAUAUUGUCUGGAAUCCAGGACAGUUGAAAAUCCAACGGUGAUCCAAUGCUGCAAGACACUGAAGCUUGUUAUGAGAAAAACUCUUAUAUUCCAUCUACAACCUUUUUUACUAUCCCAUCAUCUAAAGGAAUUAAUGACUGUUAGCUCUUGGCAUAGAAGUCAUUCGGGCGAAGGGUAUCGCUAUUUGGUCCAAACUAUUGAAUAUGUUUGUUUUGACUUCCCACUGAAUAACCUUGUGGUUGCGUUCCUCACUGACUUUUGUAGGUCAACUACUAAGAAGUUACUCAUGACGGAGGAUCAAGAUGACAAUGAAAAGCCUAAGAAGCCUACAACACACGAUGAGCGUGGUGCAGCAGAUCUGGAACGUGUUACUGAUUACUUUGAAGAGAAGGAGCUUAGUGUUGGCCUAGAUGCAGUCAAAGCCGUGUCAGAUACAGCUGGCGAUGCUGUUGCCGCUGACAAAGCUCAGAAACAAAAACAAAUGUUAAAGAUUAAAGUCAAAAAUGAAGACGUGUCACUCAUUUGUCAAGAACUCGAAAUUAGCAAAUUGAUGGCAGAACGAUACCUAAAAGAACAUCAGGGGAACGUUUUUGAAACACUGGUUGCACUGUGCAAAUAGCCAUGAACAACUACUUCUAGGCACCACAAUCA